ACUGCGGAAUUUCCUUUCGCUGUCGCCUUCAACUUCAUUCACUCAUUAGCAACUCUGAAACCCGGGCUCUCAUCUAUCAUGGCCACUCAGUGUGCUGCCUCGGCCAAGUUGGCCUUGCCAUCGCUUCUUCGCAGUGUCUUUCGCUCAGAGUUCAGCCGCGACCUACGCCCUAAUAUCCUACGUUCUUCUCGACCUUCAUUACAGCUUCAACACCGAGCGUUCAGUUCGACUCCCAGGGCCUUUCAGAUCCAGAUCAAUCAGUCGCCUGAUCUAAUUACUACGUCGGCUCCUCACCAGACGUCUCAAUCUACAACCCCUCCAUCUACUUCAUCUCCAUCUGCAACCGAAGAAACUACGGCCCCCGAGUCGCCCCGUAAACAUGCAUCCGACCGGACCAAGAAGCGAGCAAAGAAAGAGAAACCCACCCGAGACGAUUCGAAAACCCAAAACAAUGAUCGCAAAAGAUUCAGCAAGGACUCAAAGCUUGACAGUGCGAAGAAAGCUCCGAUGAAAAAAGAGAAGCCCGACCCCUGGCGAACACAAAAGGAUGCCUUGGACAAGAAAUUCCCCAACGGGUGGAAUCCACCAAAGAAACUCUCACCCGAUGCGCUGGAAGGUAUUCGCCAUUUGCACGCGACUGCCCCGGAUCGUUUCACGACUUCCGUCCUCGCGGAAGAGUUCAAGGUCUCCCCAGAAGCUAUUCGCCGCAUCUUGAAGAGUCGAUGGAGGCCCUCGGAAGCUGAGGCAGAGGAUCGUCGCAAGCGAUGGGAGAAGCGACAUGAGCGGAUUUGGAGCCGCAUGGCUGAGCUGGGUCUUCGGCCCUCGACCAAGGCCUCUCGGCCGUACUCUGAUGCAAAUUCCCUGUACAAGCCUGGUGACCGGGAGUUCUAGUGCCGCUUUGGCACGGACGGUGCGAGCUAUUUUCGAUCGUUGCGGCCUUUAUUGCGGUUGUAGCUGAUCGCAAUCUGUAUACUACUAUAUUACUGCUUAGCGCUGUAUAAUAAAUCAUUCUUCCUCUG